UCUGUCUCUUUAAUAUAAAAUUUCAGAAUGGAACUUAAUGUUGAUGCUAUUUCUAAGUCUUUUUUCGUCUUAAAUAUUUCAGUUUGUAACUUAAGAGUAAAGUCGAAAGCGAAAUACCAAAUUUUCUUCCUUGGUGUGGAUAAAAGAACAACUGACUACCGAGUUAAGAUUUGAUGACGUCAUAAACGUAUAUUUUUAGAGUUUUUCGAUUUUGAUCAUUUAAUCUCAAAGAAUAUCAUGAAAUAGUUCAAUUUUUGAUAUUUUUGAUAUUUUCGACAUACCAUGAAAACAGUCUUUUCCUAUCAAAAUUCGCUGAGAUAUUGCCCUAAGAACUCUUUCAAUUUCUCUGAGUUAAUUGGUCUUGAUUUGAGUCUCAGUAGUGCUAUUUGCGUAAUCCUUUAAAAGAUAAGGUCUUUCAUUGUCUUUAGGCUAUAUCUCAGCCAAUUUGGAACAGAUUUAACCGAUUUAGCAUCUUUAGUUGCAUUCUGUAGUGUUGUUUUAGUACACAGCAUGUUCCAAUUUCGAAGGAAACAAAAAGCACAAUUUUAUGAUGUCAUCACUUUUUGACUUAAUUCUCUGCCCCCAGAAGCUGUCCCAAGGCAGGGAGGGGGCAAGGGGUCAUGGAUCUUUUAUUUUUCAGUACAAUAUUCUGUAAAUAGUUGAUAACCCAAUUUUUCUGCCCUAUGGCCUCCCUGCUUUGAAUCUCAAGGCGCCGCGUCUGACUCUCCGUUCCCGAUCAAUAGUUAGGCAGUGCAUACGAUAAAGCCUCCAAGCAUUCAUGGACAUUUUAGAAUCUCUUUUUAUAAAAGCCAAAAAACCAGUGACACAGAUGAAGGUCUCCUUUGCGGUUACUCAUAUAACCAGCGGUGCAUUUCAGUCACUUACAUUGUUUGCAAUAAAUGGCUGUCUCAAACAAUACUCAGUUGUAUUUUUGUUGUAUUUUUCAGGUACACCUUGGUCUCAGCAUACAUAUUUGAAACUUUGCCAUGAUUCUUACGUUUCAUAAUUUGAGGGUUAUCAAACUAAGAAUUUUUCGGUAAUAAUGCCUCUGUACUGCGCAUUCCUAAAUUUUUUUUAGUAUUUCUAAAAAAUGACAAUGAAUAACCAAAAUAUUGUUUUACAAAGCUUUGUCGAUUCCUAGGGACUUGUUUCUGUUUUUUAUUUGCUCCUGCAGGUAGGAAACAAUUUUAUUAUAAACUUUCUUCCGUGGACCGGGCUAUGCAGGAUUUGGAAAGAGAAAAUACUGUUUUAUAUUAACAAAACUUUAAUUUUUAUCCAAAACGAAUUCCCUUUUUUCAUAAACGCGUGUUCCAAUCUCAAAUUCUAUUGCUGACAUGCCACGUUCUAAUUCGCUGCGUAUGCCGCUGUGCAGUACUAUUUUGGCGUAAACGUUUUCUCGAAUGUCGUCUCGAAAAAAUUUAAUGGCCUUUAAGUAACACUUUUCUGAUACUGAUAAGGAACCUCGGAAAGCAAAGAAUCUCAGUUCUUCCCCGCAUGAUAUCAGUAUUUUUAUUCACUUUCCUUUUCGUGUAUUUGAUUGCAAUAUCAAUGCGAAAUAUUCAGAGUGAACCUUGGGCCUUUAGUAAUCCAUUUAACCAACAUCCGUAUGCUUAUUUUCUUGCAAACACAAUGAGGGUAUUGCGUCAUCCUUUAGGAAACAUCCUUCCAGGAACUCAGUAACGAAAUUGAAAGCAUUAUCUCUGUUUACACAGCCACGUUUUCCAUGGGCCUUGUUCAUCCUACUAGUUAACUUUCAACUCCGCGCGUGAAAAGACUGAUGGCGAUUUUUAAAGUCUUGAUCUUGUUCAAUUUUCUUUUUGGAGCACAUUCCCUGUAUUGGAACUGGACCGAAACAGGAGAAACAUUUGAUCGUGGUGUGCCUACACUCUAUGGCUUGCGCAUUCCACAGUCAUUGUUGAAGCAAAUGCCUAUUUGCAACCAAAGCUGUAGUGCUUUGCAGAGGUCCAGCCUUGUUAGCUUUUACGAAAGCACUUGCGGCCCUAAAUGGGUUAAACGGAGGAACUGGAAUACGGAUGUUUUCUAUUGCGACUGGGAGGGUAUUUUAUGUUACAACAGGACAUUUCACAUCAUAGCCAUCGAUCUCCAAGGCAACAAUGGAAUGCAGGGCUUUGUCGGAACUACUCUAGGACGCCUUCCCUACCUCCUUGGUGUAGACAUGGGUGGAAGCAGACUACAAGGUGACGUAAGAGACUUGCUUGGGACACUGAAGAGCUUCUUUAUCAGAUUUGAUUUUGCAAAUAACGAUAUACAUGGUGAGUUCCCACAAAACAUAGCUACAGCUUGGCCACAUCUUGGCAAGAUUCAGAUCUCAGGAAAUAAAGCAAUAUAUGGAACAAUACCAGAAAACAUUUAUUUGUUGAAAGACUUACAGGUUCUUAGCUUAGGGGAAACUGGAAUUUCUGGGUGGGUUCCAAAAAGAAUAGCCAAUCUUUCAAAUUUGUACUUUCUUGACCUGGAGGCUUUGUCGUUAAAAGGAGAUCUUGGAUGUUUAAAAGGGCUUUCGAAACUACGAUUCAUACAUUUGAUGUCGAAUCAACUAGAAGGUGAGUUCCCUAAAGACUUUGGAAACUGGUUUUCAGACCUCUUUGAGCUUCUCCUUCAAGGCAAUGAUUUAAGUGGAGAUCUGCCUUCGUCUCUGGGUAAUUUUAGCGGGUUGUCUCUGCUUCAAUUAUCUGAAAACAAGCGACUUACUGGACGAAUCCCACUUUCUUUUUCAAAUCUGAAAAGUUUAGAAAUAUUCGACAUAUCGAAUACGCAAAUUGAAGGCUUUGAGAAAGGCCUCGUUCUUGGAAGUAAAAAAUUGAGUUCAUUUGUUGCAAAACGGAACAAAAAAUUUUCAGAGUCUAUUUACAGUCUUGUUGGUGCUCUUGGAAAGAGUGGCAAGUCCUUGAAUCAGUUGGAUGUACAAGAUUGUGACAUUUAUGGCAGAUUCGACAAAGUAAAUGACGAUUCUAACCUUAAGAGUGGUAUAUUCAGGUUCUCAAAGUUGGUUUUUUUGAAUUUGGGUGGCAACAAGCAUCUCAGCGGAAGCAUUCCAGACCCAAUCAGUAGUCUUGGCCUAAUCGUUUUUUUCAACGCAUCGUGCACAAACACGUCGGAUGCAUUACCUGUGUCAUAUUUAAUCAAAUUGAAAUUAUUGCAAGAAAUAGACAUCCGGAAGAACCCACUGAUGAAAGGCGAAAUUGAAGAAAAAUACAUGUUGGUUGAUGAUACAGAAAUGAUCGCAGAAAAUGUCGAAGAUAAUAUCAAAUGCCCUGUGAUACGACUGAAGCAUAACAAUUGUUUAGUCAGGAUGGAUUCUGCUUACUAUGAAAGGAGAUAUUGCCAGUGUAAUCCUGGUUUUUACGGUCACGGCGGCACUUGCCGGUCUUGCAUGACUGGUGGCGUUUGUGAUGGCCUCGUAAAUAGGAUGAGUAUAGUCAGAAAUGACUCUAGAGGCAAAUAUAGCAAAGACUUUACUGUCACUUCUAUGAAACCGGCAAAAGGCUAUUGGCCAUUUCCUACAAUGAAGAACGUGACCAAGCUGGUUAAGUGCCGUUGGACACUGCCUGGAAAGGAAGUCUGUAACCCCUCCGGACUGGUUCGUUGUUACGCCAAAAAAGUAUCUGGACAGGUGAUAACGGUUUGUGGGUCUGAUGAGCAUGUAUGUGCUGAAGGCUCUUAUGGACGUUUGUGCAGCCGUUGUAAGCAGGGCUAUUACAGCACUGGACAGCAUUGUCAUAAAUGCCUUGAUAGUAAGGAUAAGGAAAGCAUUAUAACAAUUGUACUGGCUGCUGUUAUGAUCACUCUGCUAGGCCUAAGUAUGUUGCUGCACGUCCGUAACCGGCGCAUAUUUGCUGCCCUGCUUGCAAUAUUUGAAGCUGUUGCCGUGUUGAUUCUAGCAAUUAUGGGAAUAAUACCAAGUUGGCUAGCAGAUAUCAAUAUACUCAUUUUUUUACUAGCCAUUGGUGGCUUUGGUAAAUUUGGCAAAGGUUUGUUGAAAACUGCAGUCUUUUACAUGCAAAUUAUUGAUGCUCUUGUGGCUUCGACUCAUAUUUGGCCAACAGCUGUUUAUUUCUUUUCAGACUUCAUAAGCAGUCUUGUAAACCUACGAUUCUCUGUGCUAGGCUGUCGACUUCCCAAAAUAUUUACACCUCAAGGCAAACUUUUUCUUCUAAUGUUGCUGCCACUCUGUUUAUGCAUGGUUCUAGCAACAGCAUCUUUUCUUUUUCGCAUGACGGCUCGACAUAAGUUGCCUGAUACGUACGAAAAGUUCAAAUACAAGUGCGCCCAUUUGUCGAUUCUUUUCUUGAACUUAUCCUACUUUCCUUUAGUAAAAGCCACCUUUUCAGUUUUGGUUCCUUGCAAACAAGUUGAAGGUAUUUCGUACAUGCCAAACUACGUUUGGAUCGACUGCAACAGCAGUGAAUACAAGCUGCUAUACUUCGUAGCGCUGUUUUGUAUUGUCUUGUAUGUGAUAGGAGUUCCUGUGCUGUUCCUUUCCUUGCUUCGAUGGCAGAGAGAGCACAUAGUUGAAGGGCACCUGACUACAUCGAAAUGGCUAGGCUCACUGUAUAUUCCAUAUAAACCUAACUAUCGUGUGCUCAUGGAGUUUUUCUUGAUGCUGCGAAGAACGUUUCUUGCUUUUCUCAUAACGUUCAUUGAUGAAAACGUCACAGUCAAAACAACAUUGGUAUCUGCGGUAUUUUUUAUAUCUUUGAUACUGGAGACACAUGCAAAGCCGUUUCGUACAGCUGACGGUAACGAUGGCUGCUGGGGUUUUGGGAUGGAAAAUAUCAUCGAGAUAACAAUGUUGUCUGUGUUGCUUUUUUCGUUUAUAGCCGCGCAGACAUCGAUACAAACAAACAGUGAAGACCAAAACUUGCUCUGGAGCGUGAUUAUCAUCAACGCCAUUUUUUCCUUUGUUCUUAUUAUGUGUUUUUUGAAAAGAUUAGGCCAGAGAGAAGGAGGCUACGAGCAGAUAAACGAAGGAGAAAGAGCGAAUGAAGGAUUUAAUCAAGCCGAACAAGCUCAGGUUAUGCAUGAUUAACAACACUUCGUCGAAACAUGGUUAUUUUGUCAAGACAUUGACCUUAAAAGACUUCUAUUGACAGUCGCAAGGUAGUUAUUCUUGGGAUUUUGCUUUCUUAGAUAGUCAAUUUUUGAGUAAACCAUUUAGUUCCAUCUGAAAGACAAUCGAAAAUACUUACGUGGCUCAGGCAAACAUAAUAACACUCCGGAGGCAUUUGUCCAUAGUUGAUUGAUAAAUGACGUAAGCCAAUUUGAGGGUGUAGAAGGGGUUUUGACUAAGUGACCAACAGACUGUUUUACCAACCGACUAAUGACUAAUUAUGUGUAAAGCCGAAAACACACUCCAGAAAAUGAUCCGCGGAUCGGUCAGAUUUUGUGUUGCGCAAGCGCUUUGGAUGCAAAAAUAGUCACAUGACUGAUCUGCGACGGAUCUAGAAGUUGAAAUCAUUGCUAAACGUCCUGUGUCAGGCUGUUUUUUGUUGCAAUUUGCUUAAGAACUCAUAAGAAUUUUGCUUUUUUAAUAUGAAACUAUGAAACAAUGUUAAAACCAACAGUUUUUUACUAAAAAGAGAUUUUGACUAACUGGGGCCAAAAAUCCUGACUAGUGACUAACCUUUAUCACCUGACUAGCAGUAUCCCCCCUUCUACACCCUCAAAUUUAGAUGAUAUGCCCGUAGCCAAAUUGUUUGACAAUGAAUUGUUUAUUUGGAAACAGCAUUGUACAGGGGCUUCAGUUGAAUAUUUCGAAAACUAACCUUGGCAAUAAAGUUCUCGAAUACACAGGGGGGAGGGGGGGCAUACCAACAACUUGAAUCGUAGUAUAUGUUAGUAUGUUUAGCACCAAAUUAUCGCGUUCAAU